AUGAUCAUUAGCAUUAAUCCAGAAGCAAUUAGGCUUGAUCAUGAAUCUAAUAAAACUAAAACCACUCAGCAGCAUGGUUCUAAUUCCCUUAAGAAGAAGGGUAAAGGAUCGAAGAACAUUUUCAAGGUGGCGCUGUUCAUGAUGCGAGGGCGUUCUCGAAAAUCAAAAGUGCUCCCAGCAGUGAACGAAGAGUCCAAGAGCGUGUGGAGGAAACUUGUAGGGUCCAUGAGACCAUUGCACCUACAAAGCAACGAAUCUCUACAGCACAAUGCUAUUACUUCUCAACCAAAAGAGAUGAUAACCUCAUCGCCGUCUGAAAACGGCGAGGACGGGUUUGAAUCGUCAUCGGAGUUUGGAUGCUCGCCUUCUCCGUCUAGUAGCCGUUACGCUUCGGCUGUUGGGCUAAACGAAAUGGUGUCGGAGGAGGAGAGUGAUCAGAAGGAGAAGGAGGAAUUAGAGGUUGUGAAGGACAAUGAUAAUGAUGGGGAUGACAUGAUAGAUGCAAAGGCUGAAGAAUUCAUUGCUCAGUUUUACCAACAAAUGAGGUUGCAGAAUUUGGAUAUCGUAGAUAAUCAUUACAGAGAGAUAAGUAUGAGGUCAUUAGGCUUACCAUUAUGA